ACAACCCACAAGAGAGCGAGAGAGAGAGAGAGAGAGAGGAGGGCAUCAGUCUGUUCUCAUCUCCUGUAGAUGUGGAGUGUAGCGUGUUUUCACCAUGGCUUCACAGCACUACAGCUGUCGAGCACCGCCGGGAGAUCAGAUGGCCUUUGAGCAGAACGUCUCAUCUCCAGCACAACAGCUCUGAGAUGGCCGUGCAUGCGUGCAGCUGCGGGCAGAAAUGCAUUGGGCUCUCUCAGGCGAACGGCAGCCUGCAGUGGGAGGUUGACUGAGCGUGUGUGUGUGUGUGUGUGUGUGUUUAUUCAUUCAAUCCCACAAAGCCUCUUCCUGGCAGGAACGCAACGGCAAGCUCUCAGCUGUAGGAUCUGACCAUGUUUCGCAAGAAGAAGAAGAAGAGGCCGGAGAUUUCUGCACCGAAGAACUUUGAGCAUCGCGUUCAUACCUCUUUCGAUGUCAAGCGAGGGGUCUUCGUCGGCCUUCCAACACAAUGGCAGAGUUUAAUAGAGAACCUCCGCAGACCCAAACCCAUGGUGGACCCGUCCCGAAUAACACCAGUGGAGCUCAAACCAAAGAAGACCAUCGUGCGAGGUAGUAUGAUCGGCCACGGGGACUACAUCUCAGCCAUGCUGUCGGACAUGAGCCGCCUGUCCGUCACCAGCUCCAAUUCCCUGCGCAAGAGCAGCCCGUCGGCACGCAAGAGAGCGCAGUCGCUCGGUCGCUUGGGGGAGGUCAACGAGGGCGAGGCGUAUCAGUACGAGGGUCUGGAGCCCUCUCACGAUGAGCCCGAGUCCCGCUGGCCCGACAGGUCACGAAACAUCCACAGCGAGAGCGGUACGCCGUACAUGGGUCUGAAGAAAAGCAUCACGCUGCAGCCCAACGGCGUCCUGCCCCGGGCAAAGUCCACUUAUGAGGUCAGCACCAGGUCUUUGGAGGGACCCCCGCCUUCUCCUCCGGCUCUUCCGGCCCCUCCGCCGCCCCCCAUACACUUCCCGGAGCCUCCCCGGUCCACGUAUCUGGGAGGAGAUGUGGGAAGUCCGACGGAGAGACUCAUGAUGAGGAGAGAGUUCCCCAUCGUGUUCUCACACAACCACAGACCCAUUUCAUUUUUCUAUAGCCCUACGAUGCCUAUACGUCAGCCGCACGGAGACCCUGAUGUGAGGACUUCAAACCGACUACUUGUGCAUCCUCAAAACAGCCCUGGAAGACCGUUCUCCUCAUACGACCUGAAGGCAGAGGCAGCCAUGAGACAUAUGCACAGCGGCACCAACAGUCCUCUUGUGAGACCCCACCAAACCGUCCGCUCCUCCUCAAGCUACACCAUCAGCCUCUCACCCAACAUCAGUUAUCGGCCCGCCGGUCCGGACCCCUUCAUGAGACACUCCGGCUGUCCGAACCCAGGACUUUACCCCAGACAGGACAGCCCAUCCCAACCCCGCCCCUCACCCACCGGCUCCCUGGCCAACAGCCCCCCGGGAACCUGUUCGCCCGCGUUCAGACCCCCUUUGCACCCGUCGCCGCGCCCCCCGCCCGACCCCCCUAAAGUCACCCACCAGCAGUUCAAAGCAGCGCUGCAGAUGGUGGUGGAUAAAGGAGACCCUCGCUCAUACCUGGAGAACUUUGUGAAGAUCGGAGAGGGGUCGACGGGUGUGGUGUGCAUCGCCCGCGAGAAACACAGCGGACGAGUGGUGGCCGUCAAAAUGAUGGACCUCAGGAGACAACAGCGACGAGAACUUCUCUUCAAUGAGGUUGUGAUCAUGAGGGAUUAUCAGCACAGGAAUGUGGUGGAGAUGUUUAAGAGCGCUCUUGUGGAGGAGGAACUCUGGGUCAUCAUGGAAUAUCUACAGGGAGGAGCUUUAACAAACAUCGUCUCUGAAACCAGACUGAGUGAAGAACAGAUCGCUACGGUGUGUGAGGCCGUCCUGCAGGCGCUGGCGUAUCUCCACUCACAGGGCGUCAUUCACAGAGACAUCAAGAGUGAUUCAAUACUGCUCUCACUCGACGGCAGGAUCAAGCUGUCAGACUUUGGGUUUUGUGCCCAGAUCAGUAAAGAUAUUCCUAAGAGGAAGUCAUUGGUGGGAACGCCGUACUGGAUGGCACCUGAGGUCAUCUCAAAAUCACCGUAUGGCACUGAGGUGGAUGUUUGGUCUCUGGGCAUUAUGGUGGUGGAGAUGGUUGAUGGAGAACCGCCGUAUUUCAGUGAAACACCCGUGGCUGCCAUGAAGAGUCUGCGAGACGAGCCGGCCCCCACCGUACGCAACGUUCAUCAGGUGUCCCCCGUGCUGAAGGAUUUCCUGGACCGGAUGUUGACCCGAGAUCCGCUGGAACGAGCGAGUGCCACAGAUCUUCUGGAGCAUCCUUUCCUCCUGCAGGCCAGCUCUCCUCAGUGUCUGGUGCCUCUAGUGGAGCAGUACCGCAAGCGCAUGUCUCACUGCUGAAGCUUCUCCCUCCCUUCCUCCCGCCGGCGCUGAGCGGUUCACACAGAGACCCCGGGGGGCUCCUCACCGUGUUAGAUGCUCUGAAGACCAGUGAAGGGGUCAGAAUAUCGAUGGUUGAGACGUGAACUCCACACAGAGUUGUUUUAUUGGUGCUUAAACGGCAGUGCUUUUUAAGAGUAAAUGUACACACAUUCUCUGCCCCUAAAUGAGCACUCUA